ACAAUAAACAAUUCUCGACGGUGGUUUAGCGGAGAAAGGAGGGGGGCGUAAUCCAAUGAGCUAAGUUGGCGUAGAAUAGAUUAUAUACCAGGAAGACUUGUGAUGGAUAUAUUAGAUUAGCUGGAGCUGGAGCUGGAUUUGUGAUUGUGGAUUGGAAAGGGAAAGGGAAAGGGAAAGGGGAAGAAAGAGAAGCGAUCGUGGUGAAUGGGAAAUGCUAACGGCAGAGAAGAGGAGGAGAUCCAAGAUGAGGUCGUCGUCAAUGGCCAACUAGAUAUUGGGAUGGAAUCCAUGGAACCCUUGUUCUCUCCCCAGGUUCCUGUAGCUCCGCUUCAAAGGGGUGAGGGCAUUCCUGAAUUUCCUCAAAUGUUGACAACUGAAAUUCAAGGUGUUCAUCAUCCUCCUGAACAAGGAAUUCCCACCAUGAUUACAUGGAAUUAUGGUGGGAACAAUUUGGCUGUGGAGGGUUCUUGGGACAAUUGGAAAUCUAGGAAAUCACUACAGAGAUCUGGUAAGGAUCAUUCAGUUCUUUUGGUCUUGCCAUCAGGCAUAUACCGGUACAAGUUCAUCGUUGAUGGUGAACCGAGAUAUAUCCCAGAUCUUCCAUUCAUAGCUGAUGAAAUGGGCCAUGUUUGUAAUCUUCUUGAUGUUCAUGACUAUGUGCCAGAAAAUUUGGACAGUGUGGCUGAGUUUGAGGCUCCGGCUUCCCCAGAAUCCAGCUAUGAUCAAGCAUUUCCAGCUGAGGAAGAUCUUACAAAGGAACCAGUGGUUAUCCCACCACAGCUGCAACUGACUGUCCUUGGCAUGGAGGAUUCAAAUGAGGAUUCUCCAAAGCCUCGACAUGUUGUACUUAACCACCUUUUUAUAGAAAAAGGAUGGGCCUCACAAUCUAUGGUUUCCCUGGGACUGACUCACAGGUUUGAGUCUAAAUAUGUGACUGUUGUCCUAUAUAAAUCACUUAAAAGGUAAAUCUACCACGCCAUUAACUUGCCUCUGUAAAGAACUUGCUUCCUUUAAUCUCACACUUGUUUUGUCAAGUGUUCUGAUGUUUGAUCAUGUCAUCAUGCUUAUGACGUUGUUUGUUCGAGUUUUUCUGGUUAAUGGAAUGCUCACUUCCCUUCAUUAUUGGGGAAGAAGUUUA